AGUGGGAGUAAGCCGAGCGCUCGAGGUGCGCGCGUGUGUCGCACUACCUCGCAGUCUCCGGGAGAGCGGCAGGCCGCAAGCGCACCGACAUGGAAUCAGUCGACGAUCAUUAUCGACGAGCCUCCUUUUCUCAUCGCCGACGCUUUAUAGGAAGGAAGCUGCGCCGUCUUCGAUCGGCGUGAAUGCGUGCGCGAUCUCGCGGUUCUCUUCAACGUGUAUGUGUGUGCAUGUGCAUGUGACACCUGUGCGCUGAGAGAGAGAGAGAGAGAGAGAGAGAGAGAGAGAGAGAGAGAGAGAGAGAGAGAGAGAGAGAGAGAGAGAGAGAGAGAAGGAGACCGAGGAGUAGUGGAGCAGAGAGCGAGAGAAAGACCAAAGAAGGCGAGAGGAGUGCUCGUGUAAUCAUGACGACGACCAUGGCGACGACCAGCAGAGCGCAGCUCUUCAGUGACGCCGAGACAGGUUUGUUUUCUCGUCACGGAGCGAACUACAGCGCGACUCCGAUGAGCAACGGCGAGAACGGCACCGCGAAUAUGAACGGGAACCAGCACGGCAGCAAGUGCUUCUGCUGUCCCUACGGCUACCACAUCGACCUGGACUUCGUGCGCUACUGCGAGAACUGGCAGACUAUGGCUUGCGACAAGAUAGCUCGUGGCAACGAGGAGAAACGACGGCGAAGGGCCAGACAGAAGCAGUGCCAGUCCAUGGAGUUCCUGCUGGGUCUACCCGACGAUAAGGAGUACAAGCCAGAACCGGCGCCGGUACCGGUAACGAAACCAACACCUCCGAAACCUCCGCCAAAGCCGAAUGUCGAUAGUAUCAAACUCAACAAGGACUGGCAGGAUACCCUCAGUAAUUUCGAAGAAGCUCUGUCCCAGUCUUACACCGGACCCAGCAGUAGCGCUUGCAGUACGCCGAUCGACAAUCGAUACUUGAGCAGUACGUAUGACUCGAGAAGCAGUAGCCAGAACGGGGAAGCGGCCUAUCAACCUUUGAAGAAACAUCAUCAGAAUCAAGAGCCGGUGGUACCCCCUCUGCCAUCCUCGAGCCGCCUGGUGUUACGGAGUUACACUGCGAGUCCCGAACCACCACCACCACCUCCACCGCCGCAGCAGCAACUUAUACUCGAGGAUUCAUCGAGCCGUGGCGGAGAGAACCGGCCAUGCUUGCAAAGCAUUCGCGAACAGAUGGCUGCGGCCCUCGAGCGCAUGAAGCAGCUCGAGGAGCAGGUCAAGGAGAUACCGUUGCUCCACGUGCAGAUGUCCGUGCUCAGGGAAGAGCGGCGCAUACUGCUCAGGCAACUCGCCUCGCAACGAAAGAUCAACAAUCAACCGUCCCCCGCACCGGUUGUCGUCAGUAAAAGAGACGUGGGGGUCUGCUGCGGAGUCGUUACCAGAGACAUUGGUGUCUGUCAUCAGCAGACGAAAACACGGGAGACGUCGACGAACACACAGCCGCGACCGGAGCACCGUACUCGCUCCACCGCAACGGACGACCCGCCCUCGCCGGAAGCCCGUAAGGCGUGCCUGCAGUCUACGAAGGGCACGCAGUGUUCGACCGCGCAGCUAUUGUCCAAGUCAGUGCAGUGCCUGCCAGAGCCUCGUCAGAGCAGGUCGACGCAGUGUGAGACAGAGCCGGUGAGGCCGUUGGAAGUAGAGGCCAAAGCCGUGCAGUGCAGCGUCGAGACCAGGGACAGGGGUACGCUUAGCUUGAAGAGCCUCCUGCUGGACGAAAAGCCGACGCCGGUUAUUAAGAAAAACAAGGAGGUUCAAGCGACCGAGAGCCAGCCCUGGGUGAAGCUGAAGCUGAGUAUGGGUGUAAUGGCAAAACCCAGUCUGUCGGAUGCGGCGACCGAGACAACGGACGCGUCCAUCAGUCUUGCGACUCUUCGCCGUCGUCAAACCGGCUCCAGGUCGGUAGGAGUGAACGUGGCCCGCUGCGAUCUGCUGGGCUGCGUGAGCCGUUCCACCGAAACUCUGGCGCCGCGAAUCAGAGAUUUCGGUACAUCGCCUCAGCGCAAACUUCUCGUCGACGUGUCAGUAGGCGCCUCGCUGCCCAGCGUAACAACCGGUAGCACUAACUACUGCGACGAGUGCAAGCAGAUCAGCAAAAGUGCCAAGGCCGCUGCUGUUGAGGGUAGGAGUAGGUCCAGUAGCAAGAGUAGGAUACCGGUGAUGACUGAGCCGGCGAAGAACGAGAGACGGACGACGCUUAUCAGGCAAGAUACCUGGACGGAGAGUCUCGAUCAGCUGGGCGAUGGGUCACAGAGCUUAGAGCACAAGUAUGCCGAACGCGUGCUAGCCGGAUCGCAAUCGUCUUUGGACAAGCAGCAGCAGCAGAAGAAGAACAACGUCGAGAAGAACGAAAUCCGGCGCGACAGUUAUGCCAAGCUCGACGUCGGGGAAAUCAUCAUCAGUCCGGACUCGGAGGAGGCGGAAAAGACGAAGGAACUCGACGACGCCCUCGUCACCAGUAUGGUCCUCGAGACGCCGAAAAUAAGCGGACAGAGGCCGCCUAUGGAGCUGUCUAAGGAGAUGAAGGCGGCGCUCAAGGUCCUCGAUGACAAUCUCAGCUCUAUCCACAGGAAAGUAAGCGCGGGUGGCACACUGCCGAGUCGAGUGAAGAAUGCCAGCAACAUAGUUCAGCACGAGUGGUUCAAGAUCUCAAGUACGGCUCAGGCGGAUCCGCUUGGCGUCGAGUUUUACCUGGACCAGUUCGAACAGCAUUCGAGUUCUUUACUCGGCCAUGUGGUCAACCUGACGGAUUCCAGCGGUAACACAGCGAUGCACUACGCCGUUUCGCACGGCAACUUCGACGUUGUCUCGAUUCUCAUCGAUUCCAAGGUCUGCGACGUAAACCGAUCGAAUCACGCUGGUUACACGCCCGUUAUGCUCGCGGCCCUGGCCCAGGUGCGCAACUCCACCCACGCGUCCGUCGUUAAGAGACUAUUUCAGAUGGCCGAUGUCAAUGUUCGAGCGAGGCUGCACGGCCAGACAGCCCUGAUGCUGGCGGUGUCUCACGGGCGCAAGGACAUGUCCCGUCUCCUCCUCGAAGCCGGUGCAGCCGUGAAUCUUCAGGACGAGGACGGCAGCACGGCGCUGAUGUGCGCGGCCGAACAUGGUCACGCGGACAUCGUCCGGCUCUUGCUGAGCCAGCCGGACUGCGAUUCGAACAUCGUCGACGUGGACGGUAGCUCCGCCUUGAAGAUCGCCCUGGAAGCCGGUCACGCGGAUAUCGGCGUUCUCCUCUACGCGCACCAACGCGCCAACAGAGCUAGUCCAAUGCCCCCCGCAGCAGCACUACCUCUACCGAGGCCAUCUUCCAGGAGACAGCGCACAAGUUCCGGGCACCAUCAUGGACACUCCGGCGGCCAGCAGCAGUACUCAGCGCUGAGUAUGUCGGCUCCGGCUAGUCCUGUCGCUACCGCUUCCAGAAAAUUUCAUUCAUCGAGCUUGUCACUUGUAGACUCGCCUAAAUAUUCUCUGUAGAAAGAGAAUUCUGGCGGAGAAGAGCCUCUGAAAACGACACGAAAUCGUUAGAGGUUGGCCAUGAUCAGGGUUUUACGAAGACGAUAAGUCGUGAACAAACGAGUGUUAUAAAACACUUUUUUGGAUCAAUUUGCGUAUACUAUGAGGGUCAAACUUUAGAUGCAUUUUUGGUAAAUUUAUAACAGACGAUGAGAAUAGUUCGGUAUAUAGCUGUACUACUACUUCAAACUAUUCAGCAUAGCAUUGAUACUUGGCAAACGGUUGUAAUAGAUAGAUGUCGUGAAAAAUUAUACGACUUUGAAAACUAUUUCUUUAUUUUAUAAAACUUUUAUUAUCCUUUUAUAUGAGCUUAUACAAUACAUUAUAAUUUAUCAGGCGGGAUUCGAUAAAGUUCAAGAUCUUCUAAAAUACGCGUUCUUUUCGAUAUUCGUAAAGGAUUACAAAUGAGUUGGCUAUAAGGUACAUGACGAAUGUAAAUUGACGAACUGUUAUCUCUGAACGCUUUUGUUUAAGUCUUUGGCAAAUUCUUGGUGCUAUAUACGAGAUAUUUUAUGAAGCAUACAGAUGUGAAGAGUUAAGAACAUUUAGUAGUUGAAUCGUUACAAAUUUUACGUGAUAUUAACAUUGUUUGGGUGUAUAAUGUUUAAUCGUACUUUAUAGAGUCUUAAUACUUCUUGACUCUUCACAUCACACUUUUCUUUAGAUUUUAUAACAUUAGGGUACUUGAAUUUAAUCAGAAAUACUCGAGUACUUAAAUUAGCAUAUGAGUUUGAGGAAUUGGCCAAAGAUGUUGAAAAAGUGUAUUUUUCCAAGAGAUACCAGUAAUUCAGAUGAAACGAACAAAUUUAUUAUUUCGAUGUAAAAGAAUUCUAAUGGACCUACUGCCAUUACCUUUUGUGCAGGUUGGAUGUCUGAAUAAUUGAUCAUUAGAUGAAAUUCGGGUUUUUCAAGAAGUUUAAUUCAUACAAAAUUUAUUUUGCUUAGAGUUCAAGUAUUUAUUGGGUAUGGAUAUUAUUAAUUCAUUUACGUCGCCGCGAUUUGAGUAGUAAGAGUACCUGGUAUAAUUUUCAGUAUCAGUAUUUCAAAAGAAAUCUCUCGAAAAACCCAGUUGUUCUGUAUACUAUUAAUAAUGUUAAAAAUUAGCUAAUUGUAAGGAGAACAAAAAUUAAUACUUGAUGUAUGUGAAUGGUCGAUUAUCGUGACACUUAACCUACGUGCACAUCACAUUCGAUAACGCUCCAUUCCUUUAAAAAAAUUAAUCCUGUGCAAUUAACGUAGGAGUGGUAAAAAAACUGUCAUAGCUGUAUAUUUUAGGGUAUACCCAACGUGUGUACCUAAUGAAGACUUUUUGAGAUAUAUUAUAAGAUCGUUAAUAAAGAUAAACUAGCUGUGUAAUAAAGUAAUAAUAAAUAUAGCAGAAUCACUAUCUGUUCUGCCCUCUCGAACAAAAACAAUUAUUGUAUUUUUUAUCUAAGUUUACAAGCAUUAAAACUGAAUCAUGAAGUUUUCUAGACUUUUAAUCUAUCAUUUUGAGAAAUAUAUAUAUUAAUAUGGUGCAUAUUGUGAUAUGCUGCUAUCAUGCAUUUAUACAUAUACUAGAAAAUAUAAAACACUAUGAACUCAAAUUAAAA